GGUAGUAGUGUGGUACAUGUUUGGGAUGUUUGGUAUUUUAGUGCAACUGUUAUUAUUUGUGGGACUCUUUUAGUACCAUAGUACUAUGUUCCUAUGUUUUAGUAUUAUUUGAGUUAUCUAGUUGAUUUUAGUGUUACGCAGGUUUUCGUAACGAAGUUACAGAGUGAUGUUUAAUUUAAUAACAAUGGUCUUCAGUAAUUUAUCGAGUUCAUUUGUGACAAAGAAGCUUGUAGGAGUUUCAAAAGCUUACUCUUAGGAAUUGGGGUUUCUGUUUCGAUUACCUUUCGCGUUAAUUUCUACCAAAACUUGUUAUAUUGCAAUUGGUGUUUUGAUCAAACACUGCCAAGCUUAUCUAUCAACUACCAAUCAAAACAAGUCCAGAAAACGUUUGUAUUCGAAAAAAACUGCACUGUUGCCAUUUUUUGUUUCGGAUUCUUGCAAGCGAAAAAAAAAAUGACUUCGGAUAGUAAUCGUUCCCUAUCAGCUGGUAUCUCAAUUCCCCAGUGGAUGAAAUCGAAAAUCAGCGACAGCAAAUUUGAUUCAGAAGAUUUUUUAUCUCCGCCCGAUAAUGAUGACAGUUUCUUGUAUAUCUACCCUAAAAAACUAAAAGAUGCAACGUCCAACAGCAAGAUAAACAACAACGUAGAGAUUGUAACAGACCAAAAGAAUAACUUCUCAACUUCUGAAACUACAGAAAAGGGUUGCUCCAGCUCUAGAAAUUUCAAGGGAGCACCAAAAGUUGACUACGAAAAGUAUACAGCACCUUGCAAGCCCUAUCUUAUUAAUUCUGAUAUAUUUUUAGGUCAAUUAAAGUCGUCGCAUUUUAAGCUUUCUCCCGAUCAAAAGAUCAAAUCAAACGGCACAGAUGAUGGUUUUAAAGGUGAAGCUGCUAAAUGUGGAUCGUCAGUUAUAAAAAUGGCACAUCAGAUUGUAUCUGGGAAACUGUCGCGUAACGAAAGCGAAAAUUCUUUGAAUGAAGAACCAGCAACCCCUCCUCCAAACUUUUACUCUUCCAAAAGACGCAAUAGUAAAUCAUUGCCGGCUUCACCCCUCUCAACUCCUAAUACCUCCCCAAAAAGUCAACGAAAAAUGAACAAAUAUUUCAAUGGAGUUUUUUUUGGUAACGAAAACUACCAAGGUAGUUGGAUCCUUUCAAGCCUUUUAAAAAAAAGAGAUAUCUCUAAAUCCGUUGAUCAAAUAGUAGAAGUUGAUGAACUAGAUAAUCACACACAGAAUGUUAUCAAAGUCGCAGAAGAAUUUAAUAGUAAAAUUACUCAAGCUGAACAAAAAAUUAAAAACAUUUACGUUCCGAAACCGGAAGAAAUUCGAGAAAUGAAUUUUUGGUCGCCGACAUCGAUGUAAUACAUUCAAAACAUUGGGAACAAUAGUUUUAAGAAAAUAAAAAAGUAUUCACAAGUUUUGGUACGAAUGAAUGUGAAAAACAUCGUAAUGAUUAAAUGCUCGCUUGUUUUUGUUUGAAUGUCAAAUUUUGUAUGAUUGCAUAAUAUCAUUAACUUAUUAUGUUUGGUAAUCAAACAAUAAUCAUGUAAAAGUGCUAUGAACUGAUAAAAUAAUUAUACAGUACUACUACUAUUCGGUAAGAUGAAAUAAAGUAGCUCAUUUUUUA